AUUUAAAGCCAGAGAUCCUCCCUCUCUCGCCAAGCCACUGUGUUGCAUCUGUCUGCCACGCUACUUGUGUGUCGGUGUGUGUGUUUGUGUGCGUGUAGAGGGGGAGUGUGAAAGUGCGCUAAAAAACCCAGGCAGCCAGUGGGAGAGCUAGAGAGCGAAGAGAGAGACACAGGGGAAAGGCAAAAAGCAUCUGAGAAGGGAGCAGGAACGGGAGUGUGAGACAGCUAUGAAAUUCAUCCAGGCUAUUUGCUUACUGCUUCUCUUUCCAGCGUUGACCCUCAACAGCAGACAAAGCUACGAUGGUUUGGAGAAGAAGCUAAAAGAAGUCUUCAGUGAACGAAGCAGCAUCUUGCAUCAGCUCUCAAAGACAUCAAAGGAAUUGGACAGCAUAAAAGGCAACCUUCAGUCCCUGAAAAAUGACGAGUCAGUGGCCAAGAAGGAUGUGCAAAGGAUUCUGGAGCUCAGCCACAAACAAAGAGAGGAGAUGAAGUCCCUCCAGGCAGCCCUGCAGAAGCAGCUGGAUGAGGCAAAUGAGAAAGCUGAAAAGCAGCAGGCCACGAUAAAAUUUCUGAAAGUGGAGAUGGAGAAAAAAACAAAAAUCAUCAAGGAUUUACAACAAGAGAACAAGAGCCUAAAAAAUAAACUACUCUCUGGAAACAAACUUUGCGAUGCAUAUGCUGAAGAGUCCAAAAAAAUCCAGGCUCAACUGAAAGAACUGCGGUAUGGGAAAAAGGAUUUAAUUUUUAAGGGGCAACAGCUUCUGGACUUGGAGCACAAGCUAACCAUCGCCAAGGAGGAAUUAGAGAAGACAGCCCUUGAUAAGGAGUCACAGCUGAAGGCACUGAAGGACACAGUUCACAUCUGCUUUUCAGCUGUCCUGCACAACCAGCCCAGCAGCAGCCACAGAUUCCCCUCCUCCCCCAGCCACCUAUUCAGAUACUCAUCGCUCAUCAACAGCUCCAGACUCACCUUUCAGCAGCCACAUGCUAAGGAUAUCUCCAAGGUUCAGAGAAUUGUUUCCUCCAGUAAAUCACCCAUGAACAUCAGUGAAAUAAGAAGAGAGAAUGUUGGAGUUAAAGAGUGCAAGAUGGAAAAGGCCGCAGGUGAAUGCUUCCAGAAUCAGACGGAUGGAUCAGCCCCAGGAAGCAAAAGCCUACCAGACAUUCAGCAAAAGGACCAGGUGCAGAGUGAACAACUUGACACAAAGCUGUCACACGACAAUAAGGAUGCAGACGGCGAGAGCAGCAAAAAGACAAAGCUCCACGAAUACAACUGAGCAGACAGCAUGUCAUCGCAGAGCAGCCUGCAUCGCCUGGAGGAUCUUUCUAAGAGCACACACUUGCGCACGCCUACAAGGAAAAACGUGCGCCCACACAUUUUGACUUACACGCUUACUUUUUAAAAUACACACACACAAACAUAGCCAAACACACAAACAGCAAGACAUAUGCAUAUGAGCAUUGUUAGAGAAGGCUGAGACACUGGAACUGUCAACAAAUUUCAAACUGUCAUCUGACAACCGUCAUAGUAAAAUGGCAUGCGUUUAGAUAUUCUUUUCAAAGGUAGCAGUGGCACUGGUAACUUGUUUCAUGAUUGUUCAUUUGUUGUUUAAUUCUCUGAGUUUUAUUAUAAGUGAGGACACUGCUUUCUAAAUGUGUGAUCUUUCUAGAAAUACCCUUUGCACUGGUGAGGUCUGACACUGUUUCCUGUGAUAAGUAUAUCAAUUGACAAAAAAAGUACUCCUAUUAUUAUUACUACUACUACUACCCAACUUAGAAUAUUGUUUGUCACUCAUUGUAGCAAGGUUAAUUUACUCCACAUUUUGAAAUAUAAAGGCUCAAGUUGGCUGGCCAACUGUUCAACAUUUAAUAUUCAGCACUCUUUCUGCCUUUAACACUCCUGAGGCAAAGAGCCAAAGACUCACAAUGGGUCGUCUCCCUGAGAAUGUGCCAUGCACUGAGUAGUAACUCCUAGCUACAUGUAUCUGUGUUAUCUGACCUUCCUGUGUCCUUUAAAUAAACUGUAAUUUUCAGUAAAUGUGUGAAGAAUAAAUGGUGAUUUGUGGGAAAGAAAUGAGUGAGCCUGUUUGUGAUCCAAGAAAUUAAUCCUGACUCAGGUUUUGCACUCUCUGCAUACUAACAGCAUGCUAUACUUUCUUGCAUGCAGCUAAAGCGCAUGUAUAGAAAGUAUCACCUCUUCUCCCAAAAGAUAAUGAUCUAACUGUUAAGCAUUCAGAAAUAUUUUCAAACAGAAAUACAGAGUAAUAAUCCUAACAAAGUCAAGGAAAUAUGUUUUUUUUUCAAAACCUUUUAGAAUGAAUUGUUCCAGGAGUCUUCAAAUCCAGGUCUUCGGGUCUAGUAUCCUAUAACUUUUAGAUGUACCUCUUCUCCAACACACCUGAAUCAAAUGUCUGAAUCACCUCCUGCAAAAAAGUUCUCUGGGGACCUGCCAAUGACUCAUUAUUUGAAACAGCUGUGUUAAAGCAGACAUAUCUAAAAGUUCCAGGUCACCGGACCUCGAAAUCUGGAUUUGAAGACCCUUGGUACAAUGUUCAAUUCAUAUAUAAACAUCCUUGGUAAAUAUGGUCAAAAGGUCAUAAAGUAAACCUAUUUUUGAUUGCAGUUACAUAAUCUUACACUAAACAUUUAAGAAGAUGCCAGUGUUCAAAUUGAGUGCUGACUUUUU